AAUGGCGUAGUUUGUUUGUCAACAGAGAAAUGAGAUGGAAGUUUUAAAUGAAAUGAAAUAAAUUGGGGUUUAACGUAGAAGUUUUAAAACUUUAAUGAAACUUUAUUAUAAAUAUCUUCACCAUGGAUGAACAGACACAACUCAUACAUCGUUCUCCAUCGAGAGAGACGAAUACAUCACCAGUUCAUCGCCAAAGAAAUCAUGAACACUUAUCAUAUUGGAAGAUGCAAGUGGCAUGUGGGAUGAUUUUGUUUACAGUUAUUUUGGAGAGAUUGGCUUUUUACAGUCUUUCGGGAAACUUAGUUUUGUUUCUGAAUAAGAAUCCGUUCAAUUGGAUGUCUUACCAUGCUUUAAGUGCCUCAUUUUAUUUUCUUGGUGUAUCUUUUGUGACUUCUUUAUUCGGGGGUUGGUUAGCAGAUUCAUUUUUAGGACGAUAUAAAGCUAUUCUGGUAGCGUUUAUAAUCUAUAUUGCUGGUUAUGGUACUAUGCCGUUUUUGGCUCUGGAUAAAAAUGGAACUAUGAUAAUCAACGGUACCCAUAUAUGUAAAUUUAAAAAUCAAAGUGGACAAAAUGAUGAUACAAGUGACACAAAUAAUCCUUUUAAUGAAAAUUGUGUCGGUCUUGUUUAUAUUGUUUUAACUGUUAUUGCCAUAGGAACUGGAUCUGUUAAAGCCAAUAUAGCUCCAUUUGGUGCUGAUCAGGUACUGGGGGGAGGUCAGCAACCAACAUUGGUAUUUUUUAACUGGUUUUAUUGGUGUAUAAAUAUAGGAGCUUUUCUAGGACUUGGUAUAUUUACUUACAUAGAACAACAAAAAUCUUUCUACCUUGGUUAUCUUAUAUCAGGUUCAGCCUUGGCAUUCGGAGCAGUUUUAUUUCUUUUUGGAGGAUGUGUUUUUAUUCGUAAACCUGCAUCAGGUAGUGUUUUUACAAAUAUAUUCAAAAUAUUACGAGAGGCUUGUAGAAGUAAGCGUAGAAGAUCCAAAAUGAUUUCCAGAACACAAAGAUAUAUAGUAGACGAAGCUGAUAACGAAGAAGAAAUCAAAUUUCUAGAUCAUGCCAAACAUCGUCAUGGUGGUAUAUAUCAUGAUUCUAUAGUAGAUGAUGUCAGAGACUUGAAAAAGAUUAUCUGUGUUUUUAUUGUUUUGAUUCCAUAUUGGGUUGUUUAUUUUCAGAUGCAGACAACAUUUUUAUUACAAGGCUUACAUAUGAGAUUGUUAUUUAAAGAUUCUGAAAAAAAUGCAUCCAAUUCGUGUAAAAAUGAUGCUGUUCAAAUAGAAACUGUGGCACAGAAAUCGCAGAUUGCACCAGCGUGGUUAUCACUGUUUGAUGUUAUAAUGUUGAUUAUCAUGUUACCAUUGUUUGAUAGAGUUAUCUACCCUAGACUAGCCAAGGCUGGUUACCCAUUCAGCAUGACAAAACGUAUAUUGGUUGGUAUGGUAUUUGCUAUAGCAGCCAUGUUAGUUGCUGGUGCCCUUGAGCAUUUUAGGUUAAAAAGUUUUUGGCCGUAUGACGACGAUGUGAAAUGCCAAUGUAAAAACAGAUCUGUACCACAAAUUAUAGGUGACACAGAAUAUUAUGCAGCAGAUCUAUCAGUAUUGUGGCAGAUACCACAAUAUGCUUUAAUAGGAAUGAGUGAAGUGUUCACUAGUGUUGCAGGUUUACAAUUUGCAGUUUCUAUGGCCCCAAAGUCAAUGAAAGGAAUAAUUAUGGGAUUAUUUUACUUUACGUCAGGUAUUGGAAGUUUUCUAGGAACAGCAAUAACUGGUAUAUUAAAUGCAAACAAAAUUUGGUUUGUGGACGGAGAUGAUCACGGUGAUAUAAACUGUCGUCUGCCAUGCCGACCACAUGAUUAUACAUUUCAGGCAAACAAAUCCUGUCAUCUGGACUAUUAUUUCUAUUUUCUUGCUGGUGUGGAAUUAAUUGGAUUAAUUCUGUUUGUGAUUGUAUCUAAGAUAUAUCACUUAGAUCAAGAUGAACACAAUCAGAAUAUACUCCAGCUACCAGUAGGUGAAGACAAGGAGUCACCUCCAGGCAGACGUCCACCUCAUUCAAUACAGCGAUCUAUUUCUAAUAUGUAGUUGACAUUUGAUGACAGUGGAGGUCAUUAAAUAUGCCUACAACGGCUUACAUGACUUGAUGAUACAAUCUGUAAUAAUCCUUGUAGUUCUAUAUGUCAUCAUUACAAAUUUGUGAAUCAACCAGUGUUACCUUCUCGUCACAUGAUUUCUGGUUGUCAGAACUGGAUAUAUCAGGAUCCGAUCGCUCACUGGUUCCAAUAAUUUAACUAAAUUAUUUUUGUGAUAUCUUGUUACAGUUAUUUUUUGUAUCAUAAGGUAUUUCUGUAGUCUUCAAGAUUUAACUCCAAAUCAGAAGAAUUAGCAUCAAUUGGUGAUGACUCUGGAUGCCCAUAGUGUUAUGUAACAGUCAUCACCAGAACUAAAGACCCAAGUCAACAUAACUUCUGAUAAAAUGAACUUCCAGUGUUAGUGAGCCCAAUUGUUUGACAGUAUAUUAACACUUGUAGUGAAAGUACUGCUUGAAGACUACAUGAGCAUGGGUUGUGUAACUUUUAUAUUUUCAAAUAAUAUCUUAUACUCUUAUAUGUUCAGAUUGUUUGUAAUAUGUACUUAGAACUCAGAAACCUACCCUAUUACUGGAAUAAUACUAGUAUAUUAAUAUUUGUGAAGGUGCAAAUAAGGUUAUUUUAAAUAUCUUAUUUUUACCCAUAUUGUGUCAAUAAUUGUAUAAAAACUACCUGUUUUCUACAAGAAAGCAGUAGUAAAAAUGUUGGUUAAAUUACAAUGUUGUGUAACAAUCAAAAGAAAUAAAUAAACAAAAGAAAUUGUAAUCUAAUGCUAGGUUACCACUGUCAUGUGAUGCGUUACAAUAGGAUUGUUUCUAUUGAAGAGUCCAUGAUCUGGUAUGUGUAGAUACGUUUGGAUACGAUCAACACGAUUGCUACGACUGACCUCAAUGUAUGAUAAGACCUGUUAGGAUCAUCACGGUAACUCCACAAUUAAAACCACGAUUUCAAUUGUAGUGCGAAUCAUAAUAGUGGGAACCUAGAUAAAAAGAUCUUAGAUUGGUGGACGUACAGACUAAGAUAGUUAUUAUUUAGAAUUAGAACUGUGUAUGGAUCUUUUACGUGCUAUUGUUAUUUAAUCAAAAAGUUACAUUUGAUCAUCUUGUACGUAUAUAAAUAUUUGCUAUUAUCUUGCCAGUGUGUCUAAUACGCAAACUGCACUGGGGUCAUUUUUGGAGAAGUAAUCAUUAAGGAUAAGGUAUGGGAGAUUAAUAGUUAAAAACUAGAUAAUGUAAAUGGAAUUUGCUGAAAAUUUCUGUCAAAUUGAUCCACUCUUAACCAAGAUUUUAGCAAUUGAAUUUUUGGCUUAGCUUCGAUCAUCAUUAUUAAAGUCGGUACUCUAGGCAGAUAUAACUCUUGCAUAAUUUAUAAUGUAUGUUUAAAAUUUAUAUUAAAGCAGUCAGACAGAAAGUUUGUGAUCAAAACAUUAUUAUAAUACUCACUGUUAAAAUAUUACUCUUCAUCUACCUCUUUGUGUCGGAGACUAUAUAAAAUGUCCUCUGACCUCUGUUUCUAAUCGCACGUGGUUAUAAUACAAUUAGAUAUUGUAUGAUAAAUGCAAAUGAUGGUCGGUAGCUUUAAGUAAUCUAGGACACCUUACUGACAUAUUGUCAAAAAAGACAUGGUUAUUAAUGAUGCUAUCACUGUAAAUAACAAGCAGUAUUCAUGCACUAUUCAGUUGUAUAAUUUGUUUAUGUUACCAAAGUUUUAUGUAUUAUGUUAUUCAUUUAAAGGAGCUGAGUCGCUAAUAUUUGGGACCUAGAAAUUGACACAUAUGGGUCGCAACGCAUACAAUAAUGUAAUAUGAAUGAAUAUAAAUUGAUUUACAUUCAAUCGUUUCUGUUUUUACUGUAAUUUCUAAUCAGUUAGGAUCGGCGAAAUAAGCCAAUAUUCUCAAUCGAAUUUCAAUCUCUAGCGACUGGUUAUUUCAGCCUACGCCGAUAGUAUUUAUUGGGCAUGCUCUCCAGAUAAGAAUAUAGCUUCACCGUUUGACAUGACUUGUAGAAUAUAUGUAGCCUCGUUUUUCGAGUCUCUUAUUACAAAUAGCACUGAAACGUAUUAUGGCACACGAUUUGUGUACCAAUUGUAAAAUGUUUAUUUUGUCUUAAAUAUUGGUUAUCAGAAGGCCAUCUUUUCCCGGUAAGAUCACAACAUCAAUGUUGAUUUAAACCGACAAAUAAAUCGUGUUUUCAAUGUCGAAGAUUUUGGAUGAUAUUGAGUUACCCUAGCUACUUUAAAGGCUCAAUACCACUCUUGUUGUAACUGAAUAAUAUGUCCCAAUCUUUAUUCUGGUCAACAAAUUGUACUAUUUUAGAAUAUUUCAAUUAAUUGAUGAUACAAAUUUCAUCUUAACACACCUUAUUUAAAAAUUUUGAAAAAUCCAACAUAUUGGUUUGAAAUGUCUAACGUAAACCUUUUCAAAUGAAACUUCGAUUUAAAAAUACUUUCGAUCCCUCUGGACAAGUAAAAUAGGAUGUAAUGGAUAAUUUACACAACAGGUAGGACAUUUAGAUAGAGAUAUUAUUUAUUUUCUGGAGCUUUCAAGCCAGCAAGAGUGUUAUUGUCCCUUUAAGAUCAAAAUGUAUAAUAAAUGCAAAUAAAUUCAGUGACACACAACGGAAUAUUAAAUACUGAAAUUAAUAAAUGGAACAAUCUGAAUAAAACACAGAUCCUAUUUCGUUUUGUUUUUUAAAGUUCAAAAUUUCGUUUUACUUGUCUUUACUACAAUAGGAUCUGGAAGAGUUGUUAUCAUUGACUUUUUCUGGGUAAUGUGAGGGAUUACCCAAUGAAACAGUCUGUUACGGCUAGCUUUUGGCGAUUUUUGUGCAGAACUGUGGGUAAUCCACUAGAAACAUCAAUGCUGAUUGGUUAAUCAAAUAUCUGACGCGACCCCCUGAAACAACUGGUCAGAUCUUCAUGUAGUGUAGGCCAUUGAAAGUAUAAAAAACAAAACGAAAUAUAGAUCUGUAUUCAUUAUAAAUAAAAGUUCAACUUUAAAGAUAUAUUCCUUUGACAUUCAAUCUAUUUACACAUUUAAAGAUGCCAGGUACAGGGAAAACUAUAUGUGUUGCUGACAAUGAUAUAUUUUAUAAGUUAUGAAUGAGAAGUCAUAUUUUAUUUCAAAUCUAAAAAUACUGCUAUUACCAGUAAAGCUGUCACUUAACGAGUUAAAGUGUGUUUGAAUCCAAAAGCAUGCACCUAUCUGUUUGAAUGCUAACAACUAGCUUCAAAGGCAUGAAGAGUUGUAUGCCUAACUUUGGAUUAUUUAUUAUGAGCUUGCUUAACAUUUUCAGUCUAAAAAGUUUAUUUUUCUGGUUCAUUAGUAAUAUCAUGUAUUUAGUUAAAAAUAAGAUUUCAAACUGCACAUCCUAGAUGACCUUAUUAACCCAGAGGAAACAUAUAUCUUUAAAGGGAGAUUUCAUGAUAUAAGUGGAGGAAUAUUUCAUUUUUGAAUAUUGUAUAUUUUGUGUAUAAUAACAUUACUUAGUUGCAAAUCAAUUAGGCUACUAUACAUUAUACCUACAUAUAUAUUUACCUAUAGUUAUUUAUUAGAUGUAAAUAUACCAGUAUCAUGAUGUAUUGUAUAUAACAUGUACAGAUAUGAUAUAAAUCCCGGUUACCGGUAUAUAAAAGGCGCUUGUAAAUAAAUAUUGACUGACUGAAUAAACCUCAGAUAUUCUUGUAUA